AUGUUGUUAUCAACAGAAAAUAAAGCUUUAAAAUUACGUCAAUCUCCAAAUAAUUUAUUAUUAGAAUAUUUAUUUACAAAAAGUUUGAAAAAUUUAAUUGAAAGUAAAACAAAUGUAUUGGAUUUUAUUGAACUUUUUGGAAUAGUAGAAAAAAAUUUUUUUUUAUUUCAAAAUUAUUAUUUUAAGAAUGGCAAACAGUUAAUUACAAAUGAAAAUUUAUUUAAAGAAGGAAAAAAUCUCCCAACUAUUGGAAAUUAUCAAAAUUUGGAUUUUCUUUUGGAAAUUGAAAUUAUGAGGAAAUUACCUAUUUUUGAUAAAAUUCCCUUUGAAGAUAAGAUUUGUCUCUUCCGUUCAAAUAUUCAUCGUCUAGUAACUCUUUCCAAUUGUUUCCAAUCUGUACAAAUGGGAGAAUCAUCAGUUACAUAUCCAAAUGGAUUACAUCCUGGCGAUUUUUGUAAAAAUUUAUAUCAAAUUUUGAGAAGACGAGCAUUUACUGAUAUAAUAUCAGAAUUUAAGCCUUAUAAUCUAACACAACAAGAAUAUGUUUUACUCAAAACAAUAUUAUUUUGUAAUUCAAUACCAGAAAAUAUCAGUCAAAAUUCCAAAAAUUUAUUAAAAUUAGAGGCAGAACGUUAUGGACAAAUAUUAAUGAAAUAUUUACAAAAUUUAUUGGGGAAUUUUAAAGGAGCUAUGAGACAUGCAGAUUGCUUAUUAUCUAUUGGGAAAAUAUUCGACUAUAAUAGGCAGCAGAAUAUAUUUUAUAAAAUGGUGGACGAAAAAAUAUUUUAUAAUAAUGAAAGAAGUUCUGGAUUAAUUAUGGAAAGACCAAUAUUUGUUGAACAAUGCUUAUUUAAAUUUCCAAACUAA